AUGGAAGUGGACUCUGGAGCCGCUUGUUCAUUGAUAAGUGAAGACACAUUUCAUUUCCUCUGGCCUGAAGGAACCCCUCAAUUAAUCAGCGACGACUGUGUUCUGAAACAGUGGUCGAGUGCACCCCUCAGCGUGUUAGGUAAGGUGCUUGUUGACGUGAAAUACCAGAAGAUGGAGUGCACCUUGCCCUUGCUGGUGAUUCAAGGUCGCGGGACCAGUUUGCUUGGAUGUGACUGGUUUGGCGCCUUGGGCAUAGAGGUUACAGGUGUGUACCAGGUCCGCCAGCAGUCCACAGCGGCUAUAUUGGCAAAGUAUGCUGAAGUUUUUGCUGAGGAGCUUGGGGCUUGUCGGGGUCCUCCUGUCUCAAUUGAAGUGGAUCCUAACACAGCACCCAAGUUUUUCAAAGCUCGUCCGGUGCCUUUUGCAUUGCGGUCAAAGGUAGACGAGGCUUUAGAUCGCUUAGUCGAGCAAGGUGUGUUCAUGGCAGUGAAACACUCAAGGUGGACCACUCCGAUAGUACCAGUCACAAAAAAGGAUGGUAGCCUUAGGCUGUGUGGCGACUAUCGUUGCACCGUCAACACAGCUGUUAAGCCAGAUGUCUACCCACUACCCACUGUGAGUGAGCUCUUUGCAGCUCUAGCCGGUGGUACGGUUUUCACGAAACUGGAUCUGAAACAAGCUUACCAACAGCUCCUGUUGGACAAUGACGCAGCGGAAUUACUGACCAUCAACACACAUCGUGGUCUGCUCCAUGCCUUGCGCUUACAGUUUGGAGUGUGUACAGCUGUUUCCAUUUUUCAACGAUUUAUGGAUACACUACUAGCAGGUAUUCCAGGAGUGAAGCCCUACCUUGAUGACACACUCAUUGCAGGCCGGACACAAGAUGAGCAUGAUGCACGCCUUGAUGAGGUGCUACGCCAUUUUGCCGAGAGUGGGUUGCGACUCCAAAAAGAAAAAUGCAGCUUUGCAGUCCCUGAAGUGGAAUACCUCGGAUUUCGGGUGACAAAAGAUGGAAUAAGUCCAACGGGUGAGAAGGUGGCGGCUAUUCGGAACGCUCCCACGCCAAGCAACAAGACCGAGCUCCAGGCUUUCCUGGGUUUGCUGAAUUUUUACAACUGUUUCCUCCCCAAUAAAGCCACUGUCCUUGAGCCGCUGCACCGCUUACUGGACAAGUCGGCAGCAUGGAGAUGGACCGAAGAGCAUACAACAGCCUAUGUGCAAGCUAAGCUGCUACUGCAGGCUGAUGGCAUCCUUGCACAUUAUGAUGAAAAGAAGCCACUGGUGCUGGUGUGCGAUGCCUCGCCCUAUGGGCUUGGGGCACUGAUGAGUCAUGUUGAGCCAGAUGGCCGGGAAGCACCUGUGUGUUUUGCCUCACGCACCCUGACCUCGACAGAACGAAAUUAUGCCCAAAUGGACAAGGAGGCACUAGCUGUCGUCUUUGCUGUCAAAAAAUUCCACCAAUACUUGUCUGGCCGGCCAUUUGUGGUCCACACAGAUCAUAAGCCCUUGCUCGGAUUGCUGCAUCACUCCAAGCCGAUGCCCCAGGUCCUCUCCCCUCGCAUGCUGCGGUGGAGUCUGAUUCUGGGCGCCUACCAGUAUGAGCUGUGUUACUGGCCUGGCAGGCAGGUGGCCAAUGCAGACGCCCUCAGCCGCUUGCCGUUGCCUUCGACCACUACGGAAAUUCCACAGCCGCUUGAGGUCUUACUGCUAGAGGCCGUUCCAGACGCUCCGGUGCAUGCUGAGAAGAUAGCAGCCCUCACGGUGAAAGACCCUGUCCUCUCCCGUGUGUUGAGAUGGAUCUUGCAGGGCUGGCCAGAUGGAAACAGUGACAAGCGUUUCAGUCCUUUUUUCUCGCGCCACCAUGAAAUGUCUGCUCACAAGAACUGUGUGCUCUGGGGCAAUGGGGUGGUGGUUCCAGUACUGGCAAGGGAGGAGGUGCUGGCACUACUCCAUGACGCACAUCCCGGCAUUGUGCGCAUGAAAGGUCUUGCGCGCAGCUACGUGUGGUGGCCGGGCAUAGAUGCUCAGGUGGAGGAGGUGGUGAAGAGAUGUUCUACAUGCCAGAUGUCACGACAUAACUCUCCGAGAACACCUGUGCAUCCCUGGGAGUGGAGCUCAAGGAAGUGGUCCCGACUUCAUGUCGACUUCGCUGGCCCAUUCCAGGGGAAGGUCUUCCUUAUUGUGGUGGACUCACAUUCAAAGUGGUUGGAGGUGGCGUUGAUGAAUUCCAUGUCAUCCGCUGCAGUGAUCACCACACUGCGCCAGCUGCUGGCAACCCACGGUUUGCCUGAUGUAAUUGUGUCGGACAACGGCACAGCUUUUACCUCGGCGGAAUUCAAAGGAUUCAUGGAAAGAAACGGCAUCAGGCAUGUAACGGUGGCGCCCUACCACCCCUCAUCCAAUGGGCAAGCGGAACGUAUGGUGCAAACAACGAAAGAGGCAUUAGGAAGAAUCCUGAAGGGAGAUUGGCAGACACGGCUGGCUCGAUUUCUCCUGGCCCAACACACAACGCCACACUCAGCCACUGGAAAGAGCCCAGCUGAAAUGUUGAUGGGUCGCCACCUCACCACGGCCCUUGAUCGCCUUCACCCAGAUUUUGGGGCGGAAAUGCAAGAAAAACAAGAAAAGGCCGCAAGUAAAAGUCAAGAGUACAAACAGCAGAUGGCCAAGUGCACAGACGCCAUGUGGACCAGCUCAGGGGACGGAUGUCCCCAGCUCCUGAUGCAGCACCUGUUUCUGCCAGUGGUGUACUGGAAUGGCCCUUGGAAUACUAUCACACAAGCUUGCCAGUGUCAGACCUCACACAGGUUGAGGCUACUCAAGAAAAGACUCAGCCCCUGCCGCAGGCGCCUCCCAGUUCUCCAGCUGUGGCUGAUUUCCCAGUUCUCCCUGCUCAACCCCAACGGCCAACCCGCCAGCGAGUUCAUCCUCGGCGCUUUCAGGCCUAAAAUCUCCAUCCGAGCUCCCAAGUGGUGGAAUGAACUUUCCAUUCCUCUGUGA